UUAGCCAUUAUUGAGGUUGGGAAUUGGGAUGGUGAGGAGUUGUUUUCAAACUGCCGACAAUCCAAAUCCCAAUAAUGCCUUAGUGAUGAUUGUUACGAAGGAUGGGUUUGCCAAACACAAGAAUCCAUUUGCAACUAUUGGAUUGUAUUAACCAAUUCAAUCUUGUAUGUAAGUAGUGCCAUCAGUUUUUACUCUCUUCUCAUUUCCCACAUGUUGCUCUAUUUCUACUCAUUUCCAAGUGUCUUUUAAGACUACCAUUGCCAUUAAAUCAUGGAAAUCCUUCAAGCAGCAUCAGACAAGAAGGUGCAGCAGAGCUCCAAGAGAUUCACUACAUCCUUAGUUGCAUUUUUCAUAGCGCUUCCUGUUGUCAUAAUUACUCUAACUAUGUACUCAAAUCCAAGCGUAAUGGAUAAUAUUAUCACAACCAGCGCCAUCCCAUUGGGAGGAAUUAGAGUCCUUAAUAUAUCAGAUGACAACAUUAGCACUGAGUCAGAGGUGGGAGAGAAACUUCAAAAUGACAAAGAAAAACUGCUUCAUGGAUUACUAGCUUCUGGAUUUGAUGAAGCAUCAUGCAUAAGCAGACUGCAAUCUCACUUGUACCGCAAACCUUCUCCUCACAACCCAUCUCCAUAUUUGAUAUCUAAACUACGAAGCUAUGAACAAAUUCACAGAAGGUGUGGUCCUAAUACCAGAGCUUACCACAGAAGCAUGACAAAGAUUGUUAAGAACCAUGGUGCUUCUGCUUCUGCUUCUGCUUCUGCAAUGUGUAAAUACAUCGUGUGGACACCUGCCAAUGGUUUGGCCAAUCAAAUGCUUAGCAUAGCAGCAACUUUUCUUUAUGCAAUCCUCACAGACAGAGUGUUGCUUGUGAAAAUUGGGGAAGACAAGCAUGGUUUGUUUUGUGAGCCAUUUCUCAAUUCAACUUGGAUUUUGCCUGAAAAGUCUCCAUUUUGGAAUGUGGGGCAGCAAGUCCAAACAUAUCAAAGCAUACUACAGAAAAACAUGGCUAAUAAUAGCACUAUAGAGGAGCAUUUACUACCAUCAGUUCUGUUUGUUAAUCUAGCACACACACGCGAUGAUCCUGAGAAAUUUUUUCACUGUAAUCACAGUCAAGAUCUUCUCAAGAAGGUUCCUUUGUUGAUUUUGCAGUCAGAUCAGUACUUUGUCCCUUCUCUGUUCAUGACCCCAAUUUUCAAUUUGAAGAUCAACAAAAUGUUCCCAGAAAAAGACACAAUUUUCCACCAUUUGGGGCGCUACCUUUUUCAUCCUUCAAAUGAGGCAUGGAGACUAAUCAGCAAGUUCUAUCAGGAACAUUUAGCAAAUGCAGCUGAGAAAUUAGGCCUCCAGAUAAGACUGUUUAACGGUGAUUCUGUUCCAAAACAAGCUGUUAUGGAUGUACUUAUGAGCUGCACCUUAGAGAAUAAGCUACUACCAGAAAUUAGUACACAAAAUUCAGUGUCUUCUAGUGUCAAAAACCUCACUGUAAAGGCUGUUCUGGUGGCAUCUUUGUAUCAAGAUAUUGGUGACAAUUUAAGGGCUAUGUAUCUAAAAAGACCAACUGUGACAGGGGAAUUAAUAGAGGUUUUUCAACCAAGUCAUGAAGGGCACCAAAAGAUUAACGAUUAUGAACACUAUUUGAAGGCCUGGACUGAUAUUUAUCUACUUAGUUUAUCUGAUGUGUUGGUAACUACACAUAUGUCUACUUUUGGUUAUGUUGCUCAGAGUUUGGGGAAUUUGAGGCCAUGGCUUCUUUACCAGCUGGCUAGUAAUGACACGCGUGUUCCGCAAUGUACACAGGACUUCUCAAUGGAGCCUUGCUAUCAUUUUGCUCCCAGGCAUUACUGCAAUGGAAUGCCCAUUGAAGAUUUUUCUUCUUUCCUUUACUUGAGGAAAUGCAAGGAUAUUUCUACUGGUGUGAAGCUAGUCAACGAUCCUGUAUAGUUGUUUUCUUCAUGGUUAUGUACUCUUUUUUAAUUAGCUCACCUAAUACCUAUUAUUCUAGUCAUUCAAUUUGCGGUUGGUUAAAUUAAUAAAAAUGGAUUGACUGAGCCA